AGUCACCGGGGAGCCGAGAGGUUGUGUUAAAAAUGACAGCUCGAGUUUGUCCACGUCAACAGCACUGAGCUACUUUAGCUACCACCAUGGAAUCUGGAGCUCCGGAACCCUCGCUUUACACAGUCAAAGCACUUUUCAUACUGGACAAUGAUGACAACAGGCUGCUUGCAAAGUACUACGAUCCUAAGCUGUAUCCUUCCAUGAAAGAACAGAGGAAUUUCGAGAAGCACGUCUUCAACAAAACACACAAAACUGACAGUGAGAUUGCAUUUUUGGAGGGGAUGACAAUUGUUUAUAAAAGCAGCAUUGACCUCUUUUUGUAUGUCGUGGGGAGCGCCAACGAAAACGAGCUGAUGUUGAUGACCGUCCUCAACUGUCUGUCCGAGUCUCUGAACCUGAUGUUACGGAAGAACGUGGAGAAGCGCUCCCUGGUAGAAAAUCUGGAUGGUGUGUUCCUGGUGGUGGACGAGAUCGUGGAUGGAGGUGUGAUCCUGGAGAGUGACCCUCAGCAGGUCAUCCAGAAGGUGAAUUUCAAGGGUGAUGAUAGCCCCCUAUCGGAGCAGAGCGUGGCUCAGGUGUUGCAAUCGGCAAAGGAACAGAUCAAGUGGUCGAUACUCAAGUAGAAGACCACUCUUUAACCCAGCAGCCCCUGCAGGACCAUGCAGCGUGUUUAAUAGAAUUAAAAAAAAAAAAAUUGGUAAAUUAGUGAAAGCAAUAUCAUUUUCUUACAGCUUCGGCUGGUUCUCUUGGGCAAACUCAAUUCCUGGCUGCGAGUUCUCCUUUGGGGUUUUUUUUCCCCUUAUAUACCAAUUAUUAAGAAAAUACAAUUUUAAAUAGAAUUAUUUACUCGAAAAUGCAGGUAUAUUUUAUAAUAUUUUAUAGAAUUCAUUAAAACAGGAAAACCCUGCCAAGUUCUUAUCUAUUCCUCCGGGAUAUGCACAUUUCAACAUUGCAAAAGACACACUGAGAUAUCGACUUGAACUUAGUCAGUGUAAAAACCUUUUAACUGUAAGCGCAUUCAUCAGAGCAGCGUUGUAUAUCGAUCUCUCCCGGGGGGAUUGCGUGGGCUUGCAUAUAAAGAGCAGUGUAUUAGUUAUUGUACAUUAAACUGUAUUGAUGCAUUUAUUUUUUAUUGUGCAAGGCCGUUGCUUGUUACUGAACAGAAAAAUAAAUCAAGUCUAUCAAGCUUUAAAAAAUGAACAAAUAAAAACAUUACCAAAGCCGUACAAAAUAAAAGUUUAACACAUUGUAUAGCAUAACCCUAAGAAUAUGAAGAAAACUCUGACGGCUUCUAUAGCCUGUAUUUGGAAUAUACAGAUUUAUUUUCGUUUUUUACCUAGGAAUGUUCACGCCUUCUGUCAGUCUGAGCGAAGCGGAGUUUCCGCGGAAUUCCAGACUGGAAUUUGCACAACCCGUAGAAUUCGCAAAUAAUAUUGAGCCCAUGAGAUACUGCAGAAUAAUACCGUGUGUUUUGUUUGUUUUGGGUUUUUUGUAGGGAUAUUGCGUUCAGUAUAUACAGCGAGCGCCUGUUUUGUAGUUUGUUAAGAAUGCGUCACAGCACACAAACACCGGGGUGAGAAAGUUACACUGACCUAUUUACAGCGUUAAUAUCACGAGUGUGUUGACAUAUGCCGCAGAGAGGGUAAAAUAUAGUCCAUUUAAAAACUGUUAUUUGUUUUUUUUUAUUAUUAUUAUUAUUAUUAUUAUUAUUUGUUGCAGUUUCAUUUGAGUUAUGUUAGUGUUUCUAUGACAUUAUUAUACAGCACCGCCGCACAGAUGAAAACAACAUAAAAACAUAAUUUUAAAAAGUAAUAAGUGUGCAAAUGUCUAAUAGGUUGAUUGCAAUACGCUUAGAGGUGAAAACACACGAACCAGCAGAAUCCCAAACACAAUGUUUGUAAGAGGAGCGUCAGGCGGAAUAUUUCAUGCAGGCUACUGUGUUACAGGCGUGUGAUUUAGUGCAAAACAAGGUUUUCGUUUGUAUUUUAUUUAUUUUUUAAUGAAAGCCAAUAUUGAUUACAAUGUGAAUAAAUACUGUAUCGAUAAUUAUUAAUAAAUAUCGUAUUUAUUAUAA